AUGGGGCAUUCAGGUUCCCUAGAGGCCAGUGAGGGGAGAAGGACAGGUUCAGAGAGAAGGCACAAGUGGCAGUGCUGGCACAAGCAGGCCCUGACCGGGGCAGUCAGCACCGUUAAGUUCUUCCUCUCUGAGGCUUUCCUGGGGCAGCACUUCGAGGCCGUGGAGUUGGAGGGCAGCGAGCCUGAGCCAGGAGACCUCUUCCUGUUCAGGCUGAGGUCCCUCACCGGACGCUGGUGCGGGGCCCCCGUGGGCGUGUACUGCGGCCACGGAGAGAUCAUCCACUUCGAGGGGAAGAAUCCCGGUGGUCACGGGCUGCACACGUUUCUGGGCUCCUUCGAGGUCGUUGUAUCCAAACAAGGGCAGCGCCCGCUGCUGCGCUCGCGCUCGCUCUGGCGUGUGCUGCAUAGACGCGGCGGCAUUGACCGCGCCGCGCUGGAGCGCCGCGUGCGGGAAGCCAUGGACGCGGACCCGCCGCCCUAUCACCCCACGCGCAGCAACUGCGUGCACUUUGCACUGCGUCUGCUCCGCCCUGGGCCCAGCCUGGACCCCCUACAAACAGACUGGAGUUCCUUUAGCUCGGUGUCAGUGGACGUGGACUUGACCGUGGACUAG